AUGGCAGCACAGACGGUGACUGAGUUGCAAACUUUGGAACCUGCUACAUCAUCAGUCGGAACUCAAUUCCGGAAUCACUCUGGAACAUCAGCCGAGAUACAGCUGUCCGUAGCCGGAACCAAUGCAUGUGCAGCAUCUGAGGAGGAGCAUUAUGUGGCGGCAGCGGCAGUAGCGACACCUGUCGUUUCUAGAAGCCGGACGGCUCUUGUGAUUCUUCAGGUUUGCGGCCAGUCCUUCUUCAGCAGCUACUGUAAUGGUAUCAUCGUGAUCGCUCUGCCCGCUAUCCAGGCGGAGCUGGGCUUGGACGAGAGUCUGCUCGUCUGGCCCAGUUCCAGUUACUUCCUUGCUGCAGGGUCGUGUCUCUUGUUAGCCGGCUCCGUGGCCGAUGUCUCUGGCAACAAACGAGUCAAUCUCACCGGAUCAUUCCUUAGCGCCAUAUUUACAAGUGCUUGUGGGUUGGCUCGCACUGGUGGCCAGAUUAUCGCUUUCCGUGCCCUCCAAGGACUGGCGUAUGCCGUUGUCACACCUUCGUCCGUCUCUAUCGUCUCUAAGAGCUUAGAUGAAGGGAAACCUCGCAAUAUUGGCUUUGCCUGUAUGGGCUUUUCCCAACCUAUUGGCUUCUGUUUUGGUCUCAUCUUAGGAGGGGUCUUUACUGAUACCUUGGGCUGGCGGCCGGCCUUUUACCUCGCGGCAGCAGCUACAGGUGCCUUGUUUCUAGCGAGUAUCUGGGCUUUACCGCGAGAUCCUCGGUUAGAGCCUGGUCUGCCGGUAUGGAAGAAACUCGCUCGGGAUAUCGACUGCAUAGGAAUCGUCGUAUCGAGCACGGGGCUGGCUUCUAUAUCCUAUGUUUUGGCAUCACUAUCAGCCGACAUUCAUAACAUCCGUUCAGUCGCUAGUAUCGUCCUGCUUGCUAUUAGCGCCCUCUCGGUUCCAUCCUUCAUCGGCUGGAUGCACUACCGGAAGAAGAAGAAUCGCACCUCGCUAAUUCCAAACUCGUUAUGGCGCAGCCAUGUAUUUACCAGUUGCUGCAUUAUGGUGCUUCUUACUAAUGGGCUGACCAACUGCAUGGAGCUGUAUAGUAGUCUGUUCUUCCAACAGGUCCAAGGAUCUUCGGCUAUUCAGGCUUCACUCCAAGUUGUGCCCUCUCUCGUCGCUGGUGCAUUGAUCAGUAUUGCAACGGGCAUCUUCGUGCACCGUAUGCCUGUCAUAUGGAUGCUGUCAAUCGGGUCCGUGAUGAGUACUGUUGCGCCACUCCUCAUGGGCUUGGUCCGUAUUGACCAGUUAUACUGGGGGAAUGCCUUUUUCGCACAGAUCCUUACUCCUAUUAGCUGUGACCUGCUAUUCACCAUCGGCCUCCUGAUUAUUUCAAAUGUGUUUCCUCCGCAUAUGCAGGCUCUUAGCGGAGCCGUGUUCAAUACAUGCGCCCAGCUUGGGAGUGCAAUUGGGUUAAGCGUUACUCAGGUUAUUGCCGCGUCGGUAACCAAUGCUUUGCCUAAUAAGUCCUCGCCUGACUCUUUAAUGAGGGGUUAUAGGACCGCAUUUUGGACCAUGUUCGGAUGGAUGGCCUUUGCCUGUUUAGUGUGUAUCACGGGAAUGCGUCGGGUCGGUGUCAUUGGUCUGAAGCGGGAUUGA